CCAUCGUAUCUGUAGCGGUAGCGAAUAGCGUCACUAACGAAAGGGGCGACAAGUGCCACGGUCGAACUAUUUACUUGAAUCUGUGUGCGAGUUGAUUUAGUGUGUGGGUCAAAGCGAAGGGGCAAAAAAGAAGUCAUCCUAGGAAUCACUGCCAUCACACUAAAGAACACGAUCACUCAUCUUUCUAUCGGUUCUUGCAAAUGGAGCACAGUCAUAAGAAUACCGACUGUUAUUUUUUCUAUUACUCAACAUGCACAAAGGGUGAUAACUGUCCAUUUAGACAUGAACCAUCCGCCUUGGGUUGUGAAACAAUGUGCGUAUAUUGGAAGCAGGGCAAAUGCUUUGAUGAACAUUGUAACUUUAGGCAUAUGGAAUUAAGAAAAAAUCGCAAAUCAAUCCCGUGUUAUUGGGAAACACAACCUGGCGGUUGUAGAAAACCACACUGUUCAUUUAUGCAUAAAAACGCUCGUACAAUUACUAAUGAUCCUAUUAAUCCAGUAAAAAAUUUUGAUUUAACAUCAAAAACAAUGAAUCAAGAAUGGUCAAAUCGUCAAGAUGACACAAAAUAUGAUGGUAGUAGUACUGAGUCAGAUCAAGGUAGAGGAAGCAGUGAAGCAGGCAGUUUUAUUGGUAGUCCAGCUGUUGAUCCUCUUAUCGUCAAAUUUGAAGAAGAAUCGGACAAUGAAAGUGUACCGUCUCCGGUAAAGCCGCAGCUGAGGGUACCAUACUGCAAGACAUACGAGGAGAUUCGUCUGGAGGAGAUUCAAGCCGAAAGCGCCGCCUACUAUUCCUAUCAGACUGAAGACUAUCAGAAUGAUGUUGGUGGCGGGAAGAUCAAGACUCGUAGGACCAAAAAAAUCUGUCGGUAUCUGUCAAUGAACAACGAUUCGAGCGACAAAAAAGGAUUGGACUUCAAGGUUCUUUCACUGGAUGAAAUUCGUCGUCGAAAAUACAAAGGUUUUGAAGAAAAUAAAAUCAGAAGCAUAGAAUCGAUGGAUUCAAUCAAUACAAAGGAAUCGACAGGAUUUCUGAAAGACGCCGUAGAAACAGAAGCUGAAUUUAAAGAAGCAAUUUCUGUUAGAGGAGUAAAGAGACGUUUGGAAAAUGUAGAAGAGGACACUUCUAAGCGCAAAGUGAAGUGUAAUAACGAUCGUAGCGUCAUCUCGAGCAGUGUGCCGCCUGUGAAGCUCAGAAGAUCUCCAAAGAGGUUGAGUUUGCUGCACAGUGAGGAACGAGAUGAAAAAAUUGGCCAGGAGGAGCAAAUCGAAGAAAAGAAAGAAGGAUCUGGUAGAAAUAGUCCCGAAUCAAGUUCUAUGGAAAGAUUGAACGAAUCACAGUCGAUGAGUUCGAAUAGUAGACCUAGGAAGAAUGAAGUUGAGGUUAGAUUAUGUGAUAGCAGCACGAAUGAGGAUCAGGUGCAAUUAGAAAUAAGUGAACCGAAGAAAUCGGUUGAUACGUACACUGUAAUGGAUUCUAAAGAAGCAGACAGUUUGUUGAAUGUAAAUGAAGAGGAUUAUUUGACAUUGGACAUGGCGUCGGAUGAUAUUUUGAAGGACAUCGACGCGUUGCUCAAAGAUAAAACCUCGAUUUGGAGGAGAAGCUAAGGAACGUGUACUUAUGUGAAAAAUCGACUGGAAUAACAUUUGCUCAUUUUCUAUGGUUUGUUUCUCUUUCUAUCAAUAAGUGAUGAGUGGAGAAAUAAAAUUUUUCGGUCGACUUACUUUCCACAUUUUCGAACUGACUGAGGGAUUCUGUCUGGUUUUUUUACCACAAAUGAGAUAAGUGAGACUGUCCAUAGAUAGAAUUUUGUCGUAGGUUGAUUCUUCAAUAGACGAAGAAGAUGUUUAGAUAAUUAUCCUACUAAUUAUCGUUGUGAAGACUAGUAAAAGUUGAGGAGAAUCGUAUCGUCGAAUUCGAUUGUUUCGUGGAGGCCUGUAUUCUAUUUAAGCGAUAUGGGCGUGAUUUGUUUCUGAAGGAAUGAAUGAAGAAUUUUAGAUUCUUGCGUGGCUAUUGAUCAAUACCUAAUAUUUUUGUUCCGACUUAGCAGAAUAUACAGGGUAUCCCUGUAAUCAAGGUAUGAUUACAUAACACUCUACGUGAUAAAGCAAAUUGAAAAUAUAGAAUAACACUUGCCAAACUUGUCAAAUAUAUUUAAACUUUGUUAAUUCCAGGCUACACAAGAGUAGAUAAUCGAUAUAAGGUUAUUCUACGUGCAGGAAUAAUUACAAACUGUAGAAUACAAUUUUUUCAUAGGAUCAAUUUCCGUUUCCGAUAAUAUUAAAUUCGACAAUUUGAUAAAUGCACGUAUUACAUCAAAUCAAUUUUUAAUUAAAUACGUUCGAAGCCUAUUUUCUUGAAAACGAGACUUUAAACGGAAGAAUUGUAUUCCACAUUUUUGUCUAAUUUUCGCAUGUGGAAUAAUUUCCUGCUGAUUGUUCACGCGCAUACGAAUAAGUAAUUAUUCAAGUUCACGUGUUGUACCAAACAAAUUUUUAAAUUCGAUUUUAUUAAAAAUGAAAAUUUCGUAUGAAAAACUUUUAUUUUAUAUCUUCGAGUUAUUUUUUACGUAGAAUCACGCAUUUGUUGAUUGUACUACGAUAGCUGGGAUACUCUGUGUUCUUAGUAUUUUGAAUAUUUUUAAAAUUUAAUAUUCAAUUUCAUUCAACAUUUUUUCUUUUAUCUACUUAAUAUAAAAUAACUAAAAAUUGGAAGAAUGAAUGAUUGAUUUGAAAAAAUAAAUUAAUUUGGGAAAAAUAGUUUCGGUUUAGUGUUUGCAGAAGGUUCUUGUUUAUUAUUCCAGUAUUUUUUUGUUCGAUAUGAUUUUAAUACAGUGUUAUGUAUCUUAUUAUAUAAUUUCUGUGUUAUAACAUUUGGUCACGAUGAUUACUCUCGGAAACGAAUGCAUUUCCACCGUUUUUAUUUAUCCUUUCGUAUUUUUCUUCUGAUUACUAUACGUGUUUUAUUUACUCCAACAAACGAGAUAAAAUUUCUGGUACAUUAUAUAUGUAUUACAUUUAUAUACAGAGUAUAAAAAAAUAAUGAUCUGAAAUUUUAAAAACUUACAAUAUUUAUUAAGCGGAAUAAAAGAUGCUUAAUCAAUAUUGAAUCUAUAAUUAAUUUUUUCAACAAAAACGUAAUUUUAUAUUUUCAAACAAUUUAGGUACUUACGUCUCGUGGUAAUACUAUUAUUAAAAUUUAUUAUAUAAAUCAAAUUUAAUAAAAUUUAAUAAUAAAAUUCACACGUAAACAGAAAUAUUUAUCGAAAUUGAAGUUUAAAGAAAGAUACCACCAAUUUCAAUAAAAUAUCAUAGCCAACCGUAACAUUUUGUUAUUUAUUUCAAAGAGACGUUUGAUUUGUUUUUCAUUUAUAUUCAAUAUUGUGUUAUCUUGUUUGACAGAUAUAUACACAUUUUCUACUUUUAUAAUUCAACUACGUUAUUAAAUAAUGUAGUUGAUUAAAUUAAUAGAAUUCAGUAAACUAAGUUUGGGGGCUAAGAUUAUAUUCUAUGCUAUCUACAAGUAUUGAUUUUAGAACCAAUGUUGAUUGAACAUUUUUUAUUCUUUUUAGUAGAUAUCGUAAGUUUUUAAAGUGUAAGAUACUUGCUUUUUUAACAUUCCUAUUAUACAGGAUAAUUCACCUAAUUUUAAGUCAUCAAAUAACUUAUAACUCUGAUUUUUUAUAUGAAAUGUGUAUCAUGUGACAUUUCUCUGAAAUGUCUUUUCUUAUAACAGUCAAAAUUACACGAUUAAUUUAAUUACUCUGUAUAUAAAUAAUUAAAUAAUUUAAACAAGAUGAUAAAAUAUUCUUUAUUCUCGUGUAGAAUGAGAUACUUAACGAAUAAUAUUUCAAUGUAGCUCCAUAUUUCCUAAAAAUACGUUGUUAGAGAAACAUCGCCUUUAAGCAUAUUUUUUACUGUCCAACGUUUUUACAAUUAUUUUUAAUCCAAAUUAUUUUUAUUUUGGAGAGUCAUUUGCAGAAUAUUAAAUGAUUGUCAAAAACUAGAACAUUUAUUAAAUUAAAAAUAUUUGAGGACCAAUAUUGGACUCAAAAUGUCAAUUACAUUCUUCGUUGUGUAGAAUGAUUUAAAUUUCGCUGUCGCUAAGAAUUUUUCAAAAGCAGUUUCGGUUGAAAUUGAAUCGAGAUCAAGAUAUAAUUGAUUAUUAUAAAAUUGCAGCAGGAUUAAUUUGUUCAAAAUUUUGUAUUCUGUGAAAAAUAAUAACAACUAAUAAGAUAGUAUCAAUGUGUAUACAUGUCUGUUUAAUGUGAAAUUCUUUGAUCUAUUCCAUUUUUGAUAUAUUACGAAACUUUGAAUUGAAUGGAAGAGUUCUUUGACAUCACGCUAGUAUUGUCAGUAGCUUUACUAUAAUAUUAAUAAUUUAUACUUUUAAUUUUGUUGUCAAUUUCAAAAUGUCGUUAGAUAUUUGUUCAAAAAGAAAAGUUUCGUAAAAUAUCGAAAAUAUAAAUUAUCAAAAAAGUAUGGAUGAAAAAAUGAACUUAUUAAAAGAAAGUAACAUAACAUGAAUGACGAUUAAAAAUAAUUAAAAAGUAUUUAAAAAAUAAUUAUCGAUUAAUUAAAUAAUAAUUUUUUAAUUUAAUUAAAUGUUAUUUUCCAAAUGAAUUGGUACAAAAGAUUUGAGCACUUUCUUAAAACGUGAAAUUUUUACAUUCUUAAGUGAUAUUUAAUUCUCUUUUAAUCAAACUACAAACCUAUACGCUUACAAUCAAGCUACACCUGUGCUUAGACGAAUAAACCAAAUUCUGUGAAAAUUGUUGCCUACGUUUUAUUCGAUAUGAAUCUUGUGGUAGGAAUUAGAAGGUCGAUGAAUUCCAUGUUGUUUCUCCAAAAGUUAAACGAAUUUGUAGAUUAUUCUGUUGGUCAUUCGAUAUUUCUACAGAUCGAGGUACCUUCUGAUGCGUAUUGUGCCAAAGAAGUAUUAAAUUAGAACAAAUAUACGAUUAUUACAUUUGCAAACUACUGCACGUUAUGUUUGUUUUCCUUUUUAUAAGUUCUAUUAUAUUGAUUUAUUGGUAUUUUUUAAAAUUGAGAUAUACGAAUGAUGAAGGAAAACUCGAAUUUAUUAUUUUUAAAGUAAUCAAUUAAAGUAGUGUUGUAAUAUGUAUUUUAGUAGAAUUUUGUAAUUGUAAUUUUAUAAUAGUAACUUAUAUUUGAAAA